AUGUUUUUGCAUAGUCGUCCGCAACAAGUGGUUCAUUCCUCUCGUUCCGACGAAGAACAAGAUGCAAUGAUCGUGGACACUGAUCCAGUACUUGCAGAAGAACAACAAGAAGGAGGAAUGACUUCUUCUUCAAGCAAGCAGGUUCAGAACUCGAUCGGAUCAUCAUCACUCACUCCAGAAUUUAUUCCAAUCUCUUCCGAGAAAUUAGAAAAGAAGGAAAAGCCUCCGAAGAGAGAUGUCGUUUCAGAAAUUAUUCCCAAUGAUUUGAGUUUGCUGACUUGUGAGGAGAGUGUUCCAUUUUCUCCACUGGUCAAAAAGAGAGUGUUACAUGAAGGUGAAGGCUUGACAGCAACACCAGGCUCUGUCAUUCGAUUUUUUGGAUGUGCCAAAUUAUUUUACAAAAUGACAGAGCAAGAUGUAGAGUGGAAGUGUUUCACUGCUUCCAACAACUUGUUGCAAGAAAUUCGAUUACGACCAAAUAAGGUGUAUCCUGUACAGUUGGAAUGCCUCUACACCAUGAAACAUAAAGAGAAGGCAAUUUUCAGCAUUGGUAAAGGUGUGGACAAGAAUUUGGAAAUUACUCUUUUCCAAACUGGAGAUAGUGACCAUUUAUCCCCUGGACAGUGUCACGACUAUGUCUAUGUACAAUAUUAUGAAAUGACUCAUCUUGAACGAAAAGAAAUUGUCAAUGUGACAAAUUUUGAAGAAGGACUAAAUGAAGUGAUCAAGAAACGAGUUGCAGGCAAUUUGGAAUACAAAGAUUGUCAAUUCAAAAAGGCGUUGAAAACUUACAAAUCAGCUCUCAUCAGUCUCUCAACCGUUAAAUUCGACGACUCUGAUAAUCAAGAACUUUUCCGCGCUCAAAAGAAACUUGUCACUGAAGAAAAAGUUAAAUUAUUGCUCAAUAUUGCAAGAAGUAAUUCGGUCAUGAAAGAUCACAGGUCAUGCAUUGAAACAUGUCAAAAUAUACUGUCUCUGGAUCCUAACAAUCACCAUGUUUUCUAUUUACUUGGAAAGUCUUACAAUUUCCUCGAUGACUAUGAAAGAGGUUUCGAGAAUUUAGAGAAAGCCAAGGUUUUAUUUGCUUCCUAUCAAUCUUCGAUCGAUCCCAACACAUUGGACAAUUUUCAAAAGAAGAAAGAUGAAGAAUUUCAAUAUAAUGUUUCAAUGAUUGAGCGACAAUUAAGAUAUAAGAAGCAAAUUCAAGAACAAAAAUCCGAACAAGAAAUGAAACAGAAAAUGUCUCGCAUGUUCUCAGAGGAAUUAUAUCCCAACCAAGAGCCCUACGAUGAAGACGAAGAUUGGAUGAAAAUGCAAGAACAAGACGAAUUAUUGAAUCGUAAGCCAUGGUUUUCGAGUGACGGCCAAAUCAUGUAUCAACAAUUAUUCAAAUAA